UGCACUGGUGUUACUCGAGGUUAACCGGUAUCAGCGGCUAAAUAAUAAAUAAUUAAAGAGGAUUGUUUCAUUUUAAAAAUGGUUCGAAAGAAAUUAGACAAUCGCAUUCGCGUUUUAAUAGAGAAUGGAGUUGCCGAGGGACAUAGAACAUUGUUCAUUGUGAUCGGAGAUAAAGCAAGGGAUCAGGUUGUUUUACUUCAUCAUAUGUUAUCAAAAUCAGUUGUUAAAGUACGGCCAUCUGUGUUAUGGUGUUAUAAGAAAGAAUUAGGUUUUAGCAGUCAUCGCAAAAAGAAAAUGAAGUCCCUACAGCGGAAGGUCAAAUCGGGAAAGCUCAAUGUGAACGAAGACGAUCCAUUCGAGCUCUUUGUUGUUUCCACAAACAUUCGUUACUGUUACUACAACGAAACACAUAAGAUUUUGGGAAACACGUAUGGGAUGUGCGUUUUGCAGGACUUUGAGGCUCUGACUCCAAAUCUGUUGGCACGUACAAUUGAAACCGUCGAAGGCGGUGGCAUCAUUGUACUUCUUUUGCAGUCUGUCAGUUCCUUAAAACAGCUGUAUACACUCACUAUGGAUGUUCAUCAACGUUUUAGAACGGAAGCCCAUCAGAAUGUAGUAUGUCGUUUCAAUGAGAGAUUCCUAUUAUCCGUUGCUUCAUGCAAACGCUGCUUAGUAGUGGACGAUCAAUUGAACGUUCUGCCCCUAUCGUCGCAUAACCUAAAGAUUGAACCUGUGGGGAAGUCGGUAUCAUCAAAUGAUGAAACUAAAUUAAACGAGCUGAAGGAGAGUCUACAAGACACACAGCCAAUUUCUGCACUCAUCGGAUGCUGCAAGACGGUUGACCAGGCAAAGGCGCUGCUUAAAUUCAUCGAAACAAUUUCGGAGAAAACGCUGCGAUCGACUGUGUCUCUAACUGCAGCAAGAGGUCGAGGGAAAUCAGCAACGUUAGGUUUGGCUAUUGCAGGAGCGGUGGCCUUUGGCUACUCAAAUAUUUACAUUUCAAGCCCAAGCCCGGAGAAUUUAAAGACACUGUUCGAAUUUAUUCUCAAAGGUUUCGAUGUGUUGGAAUAUCAGGAACACAUCGACUAUGGUUUGGUGCAGUCGACAAACCCAGAGUUCAAUAAAGCCACAGUUCGAAUAAAUAUUUUUAGAGACCAUCGGCAGACAAUUCAGUAUAUUCAUCCAACCGAUGUGAAUAAAUUAUCUCAAGCUGAACUAUUGGUCAUCGAUGAAGCAGCUGCGAUACCCUUGCCAUAUGUUAAAGCGAUGCUGGGCCCCUAUCUAGUCUUUCUUUCGUCGACCAUCAAUGGAUACGAAGGGACUGGGCGUUCCCUGUCGUUGAAGUUGCUGCAAGAAUUGAGAACUCAGACCGUUACUCCAAAUAGUCAUAAGAAAACGGAGAAAGAGAGUAACGAAGGACCUGUGGGUAGACAAUUGCACGAAUUAACCCUGGAAGAGUCGAUUCGUUACAAGCCAGGAGACUCCGUUGAACAGUGGCUCACCGAGUUGCUUUGUUUAGAUGCCACAAUACAUGCACCGAUACUUUCAGGAUGUCCACCGCCUGACACCUGUCAACUGUAUUAUAUAAAUAGAGAUACCCUGUUCUCGUAUCACAAGGCUUCGGAGCUGUUCCUACAAAGGCUCGUAGCAUUGUACGUAGCGUCGCAUUACAAGAACAGUCCGAAUGAUCUACAAAUGAUGUCCGAUGCUCCGGCACAUCACUUGUUCUGCCUUUUGGGUCCAGUUAGUGCCGAAAGAAAAUCGCUACCAGAGAUAUUAGUUGUGAUACAAGUCUGCUUGGAAGGAGAAAUCAGUAAAAAUAGUAUCACAGAUGGAUUGGAAAGAGGACGCAGAGCUGCGGGAGAUCUUGUACCUUGGACCAUGGCGCAGCAAUAUCAAGACCAAGACUUCCCAGCACUGGCCGGAGCAAGAAUAGUCAGAAUUGCCACACAUCCUGAUUACUACGGAAUGGGAUAUGGUUCUCGGGCCUUGGAACUCCUAAAGCAGUAUUAUGAAAUGAAAAUACCUAAUAUCGAUGAGAAAGCAGAAACAGAUAUGGCGACAGGAAUAGCAAAGGUCCAUGACGAAGAGAUUAACCUUUUGGAGGAGACCAUUGAGCCUCGAUCGUCCCUUCCACCCUUGCUAAUGAAACUAAGCGAAAGGCGACCAGAACGUUUGGACUAUAUCGGGGUGUCUUUUGGACUGACGGAGCAACUUUUGAAGUUUUGGAAGCGAGCUCGCUUUGUGAUGGUUUAUCUAAGGCAAACGGUAAACGACAUAACGGGGGAAUAUUCUUGCAUAAUGAUAUGCAAAAUAAAUGCUGACGUAGAGAAUGACGCCGAAUGGUUGAAGGCUUACUGGGAAGACUUUAGACGUAGAUUUAUAUCGCUGCUCUCAUAUUCUUUUAACAAAUUCUCCCCGUCUUUGGCUCUAAGCAUUUUGUCAAAUAAAGCUGUCUCAGGAAGUACUUCGGUCCUGACGAAAGAGGUGUUGGAUGUGUACUUUACGAAGUACGAUUUAAAACGCCUGGAGAUUUACAGCAAUAACAUGGCAGAUUAUCAUUUAAUCAUGGAUUUGCUGCCUACGUUGGCACGUUUGUACUUCUUGAACCUCAUGGGUGACACGCACUUCUCACCUGUACAAUGUACAAUCCUAUUGGGACUCGGUCUUCAACACAAGACGAUAAACCAGCUCUCGGAGAACUUGGGUCUACCUGCUUCGCAGCUUUUGGGCUUGUUCAAUCGUGUGAUUAGAAAAGCGAUUAGUUACUUGAACGGAAUUGCAGAAAACUUUGUGGAGAAUACAAUGAUCAAUGUUAAAUCGAAUACGGAGAUGAAGGUCGACUCGGAGAGAGGAAGAGGCAUGCACGAAGAAUUGGAAGCUACGGCUAAGGAACUGAAAGCCAAGCAGAAGAAGGAGCUCGAGAGGCUGAAGAACGAGAAUCUAGAGCAAUAUGCAAUUAAGGGUACCGAAGCUGAAUGGGAUAGUGUCCUUUCGGGGAAAAGCAACAAAUCUUUAAUCUCCGUGAAAAGCGGCGAGAAGAGGCCAACUACUGAUGGUAAUUCCUUGGAUUUUGAAAAGAAAACGACAAAAGGUAAACGGAAAAAAUUCCACUCUAAGGAACGCUGAUUUGUACAUUGAAU